AUGGUAGGCAUAUAUAUUGGAGGUACCAUUCUGUUAAGUGGUAAAAACGACAAGACUUUGAUCACCUUUAUUUCCGGCUACACUCGCGGAGUAAAAAACUUUUCUGCGAUAAGCAAGAUUACAAAGUCCAGAAACUGCCACAGUGUUCAAAACAACAAAAGAAUGAAGUUGAUAGUCUUGUCUCUAGUCUUUAUGGCGAUAAUAUCUAUCGCAAAAACGCAAACCAGAUAUGUAGCGAAAGCAGGUUCAUGUCCACCUGCCUUACCUGUACAAUUCUGCGGACGUUCCUGCUACGUUGACGCACAUUGCGCUGGUAUUGGCAAGUGCUGUCCGACCCGGUGUGGUGGUUCCAUUUGCUCCAUGCCUGUCACGAUGACGCGACCUAUCCAAUCAGAAAAACCAGGAUCUUGUCCAUCGAUACCGACAGGAAGAUGGGUAUGUUCGUCCACUUGCAAUAGCGAUAAUGAUUGCAAAGGAAACCUGAAAUGCUGCAAAAACAGAUGUGGGGCCUUAGCUUGCCAAAAACCGGAAGUCGAAAUAUUAGAAUCCGUCGAAGCCCCGAUUGUGCCAAUUUUUUCGCGUUUUGGAAAUGAUUACAAUAAUUACUAAAGAUAUUUCUAAUCCUUAUUUUUAUUAUCAUUAUAUUUAUAAUAACGAAUAUAUAAAAACAAAGAGCUCUUA